AUGCCCAAGAAGAGAAAUGCUUUUCAAAAUGUCAAACCAAACGUUCCUGCUCACCCCUCGCUUUCAACCAGCCAAUCCAAGCAGUCUGCGCCGUUGGCAAGUUCAGUCAAUGAACAACUUCAGAAGCUAAGGCUCGAGGGCAAGAUACCCCAAGCAUCGGACAUAAGCCAACAUGGUCAGCCAUCAGCUUCUGUGCCUGCUCAUCCCGCUAUUCAGCAAGCUCUGCAUAUUACGCCCACACCACCUCCAAGACCGAGACCCGGUCUAAGAGUCAGAGGAGGCAGAAGAGGUCUAGCAGGGCCACCGCCACCAGGGAGCUGGCUUCAGAAGCAGAGGCUAUCGGAGCCUUCGCCAGCGGGCCAAGGGAAUGGCAUACAUGAGCAUCGUAUGAAAGUGGAUCCUCUGCCUGGCUUGGAACUACCUGAAAAGGGCAGCUUAUUGGAUAUUGCAUUUCGUUCCCUGGCACAGAACUGGGAAGAGCAGUUGUAUUAUAAUCAAUACUAUCUGGCUACUUUACCAGUCCAGCUGAAAGAAGCCCUGCUUCACUACAUCGCAUAUUCCAGCAAAAAUGGCAUUAGCGCGGAGGGUCUUGAAACAUUGUUCUUGGACGAAGUGCAGAUCAAUGGAGGCACAGGAGCAAAAGACAUGAUACGCCUUGACCUUUCUCUAUCGAUUGGAAUGACACUUCACUUUAAGGACCUGAAACCUUUCUUCAAAGACGCACCGGUUCCAGUGACCGUGUCUUCCGCAGACGACACGCCAGAUAGUUGGGACAGUCCUUCUCUUAGCACAAUGAGCCCAACGCUGCCCAAGUUUGCAACAAUUACCCACCUCUCACUAGCCCAUCCGCCAUCCUCGAUAAGCUGGAAAUCAUUGUUGCAUCUUGCUCCACAUCUGACACAAUUAACGCAUCUGUCUCUCGCUUAUUGGCCGAGAGCGACAUUAUCUCCCAAUUCAUCGACUGCCUACGUCUCGACGCCAUCAGGAGAGACUCAGUACGGAGCAAGUCAUUUCUACAGCGGUCUCGAUGAUGAUUUCGACGAAGCCGACCAUAUCUUGCGCCAAUUGAGCAAACAUACCAUUUGCCUGCAGUGGCUGGAUUUGACAGGAUGCAAGCCGUGGAGCGACUGCUCGUUUCGCACGAAGAAGCAAUGCUUUAGUGCCUGGGAAGGUCUUCAGUCCGUAAAGCUAGAUCAUGACACUACUGUCGUCCUCGAUAGAUAUAGCAUGAGAAAAUGA